AUGAAACCAGUUGAUGGCAUAUGACACCUGCCACCCAAAUAGAGAAAGAGGUCGUUGAACCGAAAACUUGUCGAGUGUUUGUAAACUAUGGCGAAUGAUUGAAUCAUGCUGCUUCCAUAUGUGACAUAUAUCACCUUUAUUCUCCUGUAAAUAGGAAGAAAUAAUGGAAUUGGAAAUAACGCGCACAAGGCCAUCGCUGUUUGGAGACAUUGCACAUGGUUUGGGCUUCUGGACUGAUCGUUCUGCAGUGCAUGAAGCUGCAGCUCAAGGCAGAGCUGUGCAGCUCCAAAAGCUGAUUGAGAAAGGGGCGUCUGUCAACAUUGUGGCUGUGGACUCCAUUACACCUCUCCAUGAGGCCUGUAUACAGGGCCAAACACAGUGUGUCAAAAUACUCCUUGAUGUUGGAGCUCAUGUUGAUGCUCGUAACAUUGAUGGCAGCACUCCUUUAUGUGACGCCUGUGCUGCUGGUAGUCUGGAGUGUGUUAAGUUGCUGUUAGAACAUGGAGCCAUGGUUAACCCUCCCCUCUUCAGCUUCUCACCCCUGCAUGAAGCCUGCAUGGGCGGUAACUCUAAAUGCGUACAGCUCAUGAUCGAUGAAGGUGCAUUUAUGGAAGCCCAUGACUGCCACUUUGGCACACCUCUACAUGUGGCGUGUGCAAGGCAGCAUCUAGACUGUGCAAAGGUUCUGCUAAAUGCAGGUGCAAAUGUAAAUGCUGCCAAGCUUCAUGAGACAGCACUGCAUCAUGCUGCCAAAGUGAAAAAUCUGGAACUGAUUGAGCUUUUAAUAGAUUUUGGGGGAAAUGUUUUUGCCAAAGACAACCUUGGCAAAAAGCCUAUUCAGUACACCAGAGCUGGUUCACCAUCUUCCCUAUGCCUCGGGUUUUAUGAAUCCAAACCCCUGAGUCUUCAGCAGUUGUGCAGAAUUGCUCUAAGAAAUGCACUUGGGAAAAGAGCACAUGGUGUGUUCACGCAACUGGGCCUCCCGAAUCGAAUCAUCUGUUUCCUGUCUUAUUCACCAGCCCCACCCCUAGACCUCUUCCACUCUUGACAAUCUACUGCUUUGUGUCUGUCCAAGUCAUCAUUAAUGGAUGCAAAAUAUACUGUGUUUAAGAAUUAGGGGCUUAGAUAAUGGGUUUCCAGGAGGAAUGAGAUUUCUCUUUGUGAAGCACAGCUACUAUAACAGCUGCACUCAGUAUUUGUCACACAUUUGUCUAUAUUUUUUCCCACCCUAGGCAACCAGUAGAUGAUGUGCUCACUUGGUAUGGGUGCAGUUUACUGGAAUAUCUAGAAUAAUUGUAUUGUUUGACUUUGAAAGAAGCACUUUUCUCGAGAACUAGCAAAUGCAUUGGCAGCAAAAAGGUGCCAAUGCAUAUGCUAACACAUCUUGCACACCUUAAGAUAAAAGCAACUUGUUUUCUGAUGGUAUCAAAAUCAGUUAUAUAAAUUACUUUCAUAGUUUGUAUUGUAUGUUUUAAUUUACAUUGUCAGAUUUGUAAAUGCACUGAACAGUAUAUAAACAGUCUUAUUGUAAAUCAGGUUUUAUAUGAGGUAUGUAAAUAGUUUAUUUUACUUAGUUCUCAUUUAAAUGUGUUUACAUUAAUAUGCUGUGCAUAUUUUUUCUUCUGUUGUACAUGGUUUAUUUAAUGUUUU